CUCGCACGAACCCCACCACAUUCGGGUCGGGCACAAUCAUGCGUCCCAAGCCGGAGCGCGUCGUUACCGCGACCGCAGUCUCGUCCCCGUGAUAACGCCGACGACAUCGUUUUGCCAACGUUCGGUCGCGACCACACGACGACGCCGUCGUCACUCAUUGUUCCGCCGUUUCAUCGUUCGGUCCGGUACGCGGUAACAACAACUGCUUCGAUUCAAAUAUUUAAUAAAUCCGUGCGACAUGUCGUCGUCGUCACCGUGGACGACGACAACGGACGACCGUAACGAUUAUUAUCGUCGCCGCCGCCGCGUACGCGUAACCACAACCGCCGAUGACGAAGCGACAACAAUAUAAAUAACAUUACAACACCAUAGGUAUUCGAUAACAAUAAUUAUUAUUAACUAAUUAAUCGAUUAACAGAUCGGUGGUAGGUGUCGUCGCGACGAUAAUCGUUUUUUUUGUAACGCAAUUUCGCUGGCCGUUGGCACGCGCGCGAGUGACGAGUGACGAGUGACGACGACGGCCGCGGACAACCGGACCCGUCGUCUCGUACGCCGCCUCGGUGGACAUGGUCACGCCGAACGUUUGAACCGGUCAACGACGGACACGAAAUAAAUAAUAAUAAUAAUAUUAUUAUUUACAAUCACGAUUUACAAUCACUAAGUGAAGCAGCGCCAUGGCGUCAUCGGUAGCCGUAUCGUCAAUAAUAUUUUUUACAUGCUUGGCAUGCUACUACAACAGUCUCUACUGCGACUUCGUGUUCGAUGACAUUAGUGCUAUAAAAGACAACCGAGAUCUAAAACCUCAAACUCCUGUAUGGAACAUAUUUUACAACGAUUUUUGGGGCACGCCAAUGCACAAGGAACAAAGUCAUAAGUCAUAUCGACCUUUAACGGUUUUAACGUUCAGAUGGAAUUACAUGAUCCAUCAGUUGGAACCUAUGGGAUAUCAUCUUGUGAACAUACUACUCCACGCCAUAACAAGUGUUCUCUACUAUCGAGUCUGUCAUACUAUAAUGGCGUCCGAGUUCACUAGUUUUAUGGCUGCUAUGCUUUUUGCUAUUCACCCCAUACACACAGAGGCCGUGACUGGUGUGGUGGGACGAGCAGAGACGCUAUCGUCGGUAUUUUACUUAUCUGCGUAUCUAUUGUAUACAGAAGCAACCAAAAGGAAAAAAUAUUCCGGAUGGAAGCCUUUAACACUUUCUGUGGUUUGCUUGUGCGUAGCUAUGCUGUGCAAAGAACAAGGGAUCACAAUAGCCGGAGUUUGCGCUCUUUACGAAGUUUUCGUCGCACAAAAGAUCAGACCGAAGGACUUGAUGAACUCAUUAAGACUGUCCGUGGCCGUGAACAGUCAGUCGGCUACCAACGGCGGGAGUUCCGGUGGAGGAGGUGGUUCGCCAAAAACCGGCACCGGAAACGCGACUUCCGCCUCGUCGGGCGUGCUGCAGACCAUCCCGUCGGACGCGGUCAAGCGGCUGGCGUUCCUGUUCCUGUCCACGUGUGCGCUACUGGCGUUCCGUCUGAAAAUCAUGGGAUCCAAGCUGCCCGUCUUUACCAGGUUUGACAAUCCAGCCAGCGUGUCGGAUUGGCCAGCAAGACAACUCACCUAUAACUAUCUGGUGAGCGUAAACGCCUGGUUACUGAUAUUCCCGUGCGACCUGUGCUGCGACUGGACCAUGGGUACCAUACCGCUGGUCGAAUCCACCUCGGAUCCCAGAAACCUGGCGACUUUGGCCACAUACACCGUGAUCAUCGCGCUCGUGUACACGGCGUUCACCACUUCAAAUCGAACCAAACGCAUCGUUGUUAUCAUGAGUUUGGGAUUGACUGUUCUGCCGUUUCUCCCCGCGUCGAACAUGUUCUUUCCUGUAGGAUUCGUCGUAGCGGAACGCGUCUUGUACAUGCCUUCAAUGGGAUUCUGUAUGCUCGUUGCCUACGGUUUGGGGCUCGUAAUCGAUAAGUGCAAGUCCCGGUUGGUGCUGACAGCCGUCGCCGUCAUUAUGGUCACCCACGUGGUGAAAACCUACACGAGAAAUUCGGACUGGUCAUCCGAGUACGCGAUAUUCACUUCCGGGUUGAAAGUGAAUAAGCUAAAUGCCAAACUGUACAACAACGUCGGACACGCCUUGGAAGCUGAGAAUCGAUUCCAAGAAGCUCUUGCGUACUUUCACAAGGCUGUCAGCGUACAACACGAUGAUAUCGGGGCUCACAUAAAUGUCGGCCGUACGUAUAACCAUUUAAAAAUGUACAAGGAAGCCGAAGACGCUUAUUUAGAGGCCAAAUCAUUGCUUCCUAAAGCCAAACCGGGCGAGUCGUACCAAGCCCGAAUAGCUCCCAAUCAUCUAAACGUCUUACUGAACUUGGCCAAUCUGAUUGCUAAAAACCAGACGCGUCUGGAAGAGGCGGAUAUGCUGUACCGGCAGGCCAUCAGCAUGCGAUCUGAUUACACGCAAGCGUACAUAAAUCGUGGAGACGUUUUGCUCAAGCUCAACCGAACAAAAGAGGCGCAAGAAGUGUACGAACGAGCUUUAUUCUACGACACCGACAACCCAGACAUUUAUUACAAUCUGGGUGUUGUGCUUUUGGAACAGGGUAAACAUUCACAGGCAUUGGCUUACUUAGACAAAGCUCUAGAAUUUGAUCCAGACCACGAACAGGCGUUACUCAACUCAGCCAUACUGCUCCAAGAAUUGGGGCAGGCAAACCUGAGAAAACUUGCUGAGAAGAGACUUCUCCGGCUCCUGUCGAACGGUCAAAAGAACGAACGGGUGUUUUUCAACCUAGGCAUGCUGGCUAUGGACGAAGGAGACGUACCGGCGGCGGAACAUUGGUUCCGUCAGGCGAUCCUCAUUAAAGAGGAUUUCAGGGCCGCUCUGUUCAACCUGGCCUUACUGCUGGCUGACGACCACAGACCGUUGCAGGCAGCCCCGUUCCUCAAUCAGCUGGUCCGGUUCCAUCCAGACCAUGUCAAGGCCCUGAUAUUAUUGGGCGACAUCUAUAUCAACAACAUCAAAGAUCUUGAUGCAGCUGAAAACUGUUACCAAAGGAUACUGCAACUGGAUCCAGACAAUACGCAAGGGAUGCACAAUCUAUGCGUGGUGUACGUAGAACGUGGCUUAUUGAAAGAGGCAGAAAUUUGCUUACAAAAGGCCCAUCUGAUGGCACCGCAUGAAGACUACAUUGUCAAGCAUUUGAAAAUUGUGCAAAACCGCUUGCAGGCAAAACAGACUCCCGAUCAGCUCAAUGAGAGUCGCCCGGAUUCUAAGGAAAUCCGAAAAACAGAAAAAGACACAACUCGUCCAGACACGAAUUUGAAGUCGGAUACCAAGCCGUCUACGCUAUCGCUGUCAUGAAUGAUAAAAUAUUAAUUGUUUAAAAAAGUAUAUAUAUUUUUUUUAAGUUACAUACCUAGUCAUAACUCACCGUUUUCAUGUUAGUACUUAACUGGAUUUUUUAUUACGACCUAAUAAUGUCUCUAAGACACCAUUUCAAAUAAGACAACAAUGUGACAUAACUGCACAUUUUUAAAGUCACAGAUUUGACGCUCGUAUAGACAGUUGUCCCAUACUUAAACUAGUAAUCUCAUUUGGUGCUACUACUCAAUGACAGUACUUCAUCUAUAAAAUAUGCUUCUAUACAUUUAAACUGAGAGCAAAAGUUACUUAGUAAAUCGUAAGAUAUAUUUUUCUCUUAAAUUUUUAUUUUGAAUCGUUUCUAACGAAAACAAUUUGUAAAAAAAAUCGUGCUGUGAUGUAUUUAGUAGGUCAUAGUAUGAUUAUAAUUUAUAAUAUUAUUAUAAAAUUAAGUGAUCGUGUAAAAUUAAGACCAUAUUAAUUAUUAAACUUCUAUGACGUUAUUUUAAUUACAAUAAUGAUCAAAUAUUGAUAUUCACAUUUUGUUAUCAUUAUGAUUAUGACUAAUUGUCUUGGUUUUUGGUUGAAAAAUGAUUUUUUUAGAUGUAAUUUCUAAUCGAUUUAUGUGUUAACAUAGUUUAAGUACCUACCUACUUAAAAAACAACAUCUGUUCGUUUGAAAUAACAAUAACUACUAAAAUAUCACAUUAACAAUUCAAUAGAUCAUUAAAAUAAGUCUUGUUAUACAUUAAUUAAUUUCAGUCUGAAAAGCAGUUGUUUGUUUAAAAUGUAUCUAUGUAUUUGUGUAUUUGUUUAU